GGCUCGGAGAGAUCAAAAUGUAGAUACGGCGGGCUCCUACGAUAGAUCCCUGAAAUUUGAAGCCUGGAGUCAUGCGCCAGUGUCGGUGAAACAAAAUUCCAGUGGUAUCGACGGAUGAAUAGUUAAUCCGAUCACAUGCUCUCGUGUCACUUUGGCGAGCAUCAAUAGGAGAGUUCCUGAACAGGCUCCAACGUUCAAAGCUACCUAAAUUUCGGCAUUUGGCUACCAAACUUACGUGGAUUGAAUUAUUCGAAUUUCGAAAUGUCCAAAAAUGGCCUCUCACUGCGGAAGCGUGGAAAAGCUGCGCAGGUUUCUCCGCCAGAUUCACGCCUCUUCACGCUGCCUGCGGAAAUUCGAAUUGCUAUCUACACCCUUCUCUUGGUAUCCCGCAACGCCUUAUGUCCUAAUGGGAUGGCAAUUUUUAACGAUGUCCAGUCGAGGGAACAAUCGGAAAUAUCUUUUUUCUCUCUUCCACAUGAACGGACUCUUGCUAUCGCGAGGACUUGCACUCGAGUCCGUGAUGAAGUUCUCCCUAUUUAUUUCGGCUCGAACAACUUCGUGUUUAAAGCGACAUGGGACAUGUAUGCCUAUCUUCACAUGAUUGGUGAUUGCCGCAAGUUCAUUCAAAAUAUAUCCUUUGCGUAUCAAGGCUCGCAGCGAAAUGAGGCCUUCGAGCUACUAUCUAAGUGUACGAGCUUGAGUUGGUUAGAUGUCAUGGUAAUGGAUGAGACUAUGAAGGGUGCGAGGAAGCCGCAGGACAAUUUGUUUGCCGCAAAUGGAAUGCGGACAUUGAGGGCCAUCAGGGGAUUAGUGAGGUGUAAGGUCACAGUGAGGGAAAUUGAGACUAUACGGAGUGAGGAUUGGAGGAAUCCGAAGUUGUUGUUCAAUUUAAAUACGAGCGAUAAAAGGCGUUUUGAUAACGAGAAUAUCAGGGAGGUUGAAAGAGUGCUGACUCUGGAAAUAUCGGAGAGAGAAGAUGAGGCAGUAGCUCGGUUGAAGGAAGCUCGCGACGAGAGAAAUACUAAGAAGGAAAGGGAGCUUGAGACUUGGCGCGUUAAAAAUGAUUCUGAUUGGAAAGAAUUUACCAGGAAAAGAGCCAUGCGAUUAAAAGACGCAAAGAAAGAGGGGGUAUGACGACAAAGCGGGAAGACAUUCAGAGUGCAAGGUUAAGAUAAAUCGAGCAAAUACGCAGCUCCAAUGUCAUCGGCGUAACAACAGACCGUGAGCUUCCUGGGCCUGGCGACUUCAUGGCGUAUGAGCCUCCACUUCCAUCCGACAUCCUUGUUGAUACACCCCCUCAAAUUGGGCUUCGGCUAAGCCAAGACGUUCGAAUUUCUUCUAAACGCCAACGUUCACUCAGCCAUCCUGUUCGAACAACACUUCCUCCAGCCUCACAAGAGGAUGCUAAAGCUACGAGACGCCUAGGGACCCCCAGGCCGCUCUGCUCUUUCGGUGAAGGACGAGAUCCCGUGCGCGCAUUGGCCAGCUUCCGGUGAAGGACGAGCCUCCCCCUGACGACCGCUGGGACGACCGACGGGCCAGCCUUAUAUGCAGCUACCCUUACAGGCCCUCCGCUGUGCGUGCGAUAAUCACUCCCGCUACUCCGGUGUUCUCGUACGAUGCGGCGCAGCGGGUCGUGGUCUGCCGGGCGUGCGGGU